UGUGAAACUACAGUUAUUUUAGUAAUUUAUAUAUAAAUUUCAUUUAUUUGUUGUUAUAUAGUUAGUCUUAUAAGUUUAUUUCGUAUUUAAUACAUAUUGCUGUGAUAUUUCUCCAGUUUUCUAAGUGGUUUUAUUAUUUUAAACAGCGGAUUAUGAUGAAUUCAUCCAAAUCAAGAGUUUAUUCUUGCUGUGUGUGUAGAAAAAAUUCCAGAGACCAUAACAACUUGAACUUGAGUUUCUUCAGGUUUCCCAAGGAUGAAAAUCAGUUUGCAGAAUGGAAGAAAAUGGUUCAAUGUGAAAAACUUGCCAUGUACAGUGCUCAAUACUGUUAUGAUCACUUCAGAUUAUGUAGUUUACAUUUUGAGGAACCGGUCUUUGCAGGUAUGCUAAAAAGCAGGUUAAAAAAAAACGCAAAAACAUGUAUUCAUCUUGUGAGAUUAAACAUUCCAGUUCAAGGCACACUUGUGGAGAAGUUACAAACAUUUGCGAGUAUUCCGGAAUCAUUGACAUAUAGAAUUGAAGGUAUGCAUAUAUUUUUAAAACUAAUUAAUGGAUAGUUGUGGGAAAUCUACAUAACUUUCUUGAACCUUUUAAACAAAAUAAUAAAU